AUGGAAAGAGGCGAGCCCGACUCCAUCUGCGCGGUGCGGGGGCAGCUGCCGGCACUGAGGCUGGGCCCCCCUCGCCCACCUGCUCCCAGCACCAAGAGUGGCAGAACCCGGGGGCAGAGGCCACCACCCUUCCUCUCAGGCCCCACCCGCAAUCCUCCUCUGGCCCCUCGGCCCCGGAACAGCGGCGGCUCUCUGAGCGCCAGGCCGCAGCCGCUGCUGCAGUUGCCCGCGGACAUCACGGCACCGAUGAGCUGCGGCGCCCAGGCACUGGGCCAAGGCCUCCCCUGGAAUGCACCAGCCCUGGCACAGGGAGGUCCGAGCCUGGCGAAUUCCGGCUGCUUGGUUCUAGCGGAGCAGGUCGAGACUGCGCCGGGGCCGGCGGGCGCGGCGGACGGACGCCGGCGGCCCCGGGAGCAGCGCUCGCUGCGGCUCAGCAUCAACGCGCGCGAGCGGCGGCGCAUGCACGACCUGAACGACGCGCUGGACGGGCUGCGCGCCGUCAUCCCCUACGCGCACAGCCCGUCGGUGCGCAAGCUCUCCAAGAUCGCCACGUUGCUGCUCGCCAAGAACUACAUCCUCAUGCAGGCGCAGGCCCUGGACGAGAUGCGGCGCCUGGUGGCCUACCUCAACCAGGGCCAGGGCCUGGCCGCGCCCGUGGCCGCCGCGCCCUUGACGCCCUUCGCCCAGGCCGCCGUGUGCCCCUUCUCGGCGGGCGCUGCGCUGGGCCCCUGCCCGGACAAGUGCGCCGCCUUCUCCGGAACGCCCUCGGCGCUUUGCAAACACUGUAACGAGAAGCCUUGACUGUGCCGGCUCCCCGCCUCCUUCCGCGCGCGCCCUUCAUUACGCUUCCCUGAUGACUGUCACCCUGCCUCGACAAGAGACGCCCGGAUGGACCCUGCCCCUGGGGGGAGGCGGCCUGA